GCGCACCGUACAGCCGCCGGCGAACCGCAGGUCCCCUCGAUGUCCCACUCUCAGUUCCAACCCUACCAAAGUUGAGACCAGAGAGGAGAGAAAGAAAGUGUCAAAAUGUCGCGGCACUCCGGGAUAAAGGAUAGAUCACUGGACUAACCCGAUCGUGGCAACGGUGACGGCGAAGCCAUGAACCGAGCCCCGUCUCUCUCCCCUCGCGGCGAUCCCACCUCACCGGAACCCACCGCCACUCCUACUCCCACGCCUGGCGCACUCCGGAGCUGGAUUCUCUCCUUCUGCAUCAUCCGCUUCGACCUAGAGCGAGGACAAGUAGUCGAGGAAUGCUACCCACCCGAUUCUCUCACACCCGACCAUCAGCUCGUCGUCGCCUUCUCGUCCUUCCCCGACUCCAUGUCCCGCCACCAUCCCCGACAUGGAUCCUCCAUCCACGACUCCAUCUUCUCCUUCCGCUUCCCAUCUGCCGACAUCCGCGAUGGCUUCGUUUACGGCUACGUUUUCAACCGUCAGCGCCAGGACGAUCGGCUUCCGCGCGGGGGCGAGCAGAAGUCUGUUGUCAUCCUUUCGAACUCUCCCUAUACUUCCGUAUUCCGCCCUCUACUACAGAUCCUCGGUCCGCUCUGCUUCGAUAUCGGCCGUACUGCCCUCGAGCUCGUCGCCUCUCAUGUCGCCGCCUGGCCGUCUCCAUCCCCUGGCAAUGCCAUAGACCUCCCGAUCGGCGGCGCCGCUCUACGCGCUCAUUUACCGCCGGCUCCCGAAGACCUAGCCCCCGCACAGUUCCCGCCACCCAACGCCUCUGUGGCAUUCGGCCUCUUUCACGAGGCCGAUAUAUUCGCUUCCUUCCGGGGUAUUCUCUUACAUCUCUGGACCCUUUGGGAGCUCAUGAUUCUUGGUGAGCCCCUUCUUGUGAUCGCUCCCACUCCCACACAAUGCUCCGAGGCCGUUGCAGCUCUCGUCAGCCUAUUAGCUCCACUUAUGUGUAGUGUCGACUUCCGACCUUACUUUACCAUCCACGACCCGGACUUUGCCCGUCUCAAUUCCCUUCCUGAAGAUGACAGAUUCCCCCCCAUGGUCCUCGGAGUGACCAAUCUUUUCUUUCUCAAGGCCUUACGCAGCAUUCCCCAUGUCAUCUCUGUGGGGAGUCCCAUCCCUAAUGCCACCGGCGUGCAUCCGGCUUCCCCUCGCCCGGCCUCAGCAGGUCAAAUUUCUCGGCCUACCAGGCAGCUCCUGCUCGACAGGCUUUCUCCUUCGAGCUUCUUCAAUUCUGUGAAGAUGAGGCGAGAAGGACCUCUCACACUCAUGACAAAGCACAGAGAGGCUAUUUGGAGCAGCUACAGUCCUACAACGAAACCGGAUACUGCGAUUCUUAACCGGCUUGUUGAUUCUGGAGUUUCUCAAAGGAUUGACGAGUCCAUGUCGGUUGUUAACAAUGAGAUACUUCGGCGACAUUUCCUUGAGCUUACGACGAAUUUCCUUGCACCCUUCGGCCCUUACCUGAGAGCCAUCACUCCUUCAGAAACGAGCUCGCCAUUUGGCAGCCCACCAGCACUGCCUCCAUUUAAAGCUGAUGAGUUUCUCAGUUCGCUGGCAGCUAGAGGUCCAGGAAAAUUCCUAUCGAAAAGGACUAGGUCCAACUGGCUGGACUUGUAUAGACGGUUUUUAGAGGGGAAAAACUUCAUGCCGUGGUUCCAGAAAAGGAGGGCAGCUGCUGAGCAGGAGCAGCAGCGGCUCUGGAGGCAGGCUCGGAUGAGCACUGACAUACAAAAACUUAUAGCAAAGAUGUCUGAACUGGAGAUUGUCGAUUGUUUUAAUGCCAUUGAGCAGCAUUUACUUGUAGAGAUACAGUCAGGAAGCACCAGUAUAGAUUCAUCAGCAGCAUGCAGCAAACUAAAAGCAAACCUACGAGCAGUGUUCAAAUUGCUCCCCAAGGAUUUGCAGGAGCUUUUGCUAGCAAACCCUAAAAGAGCGGGCCUUCUUCAUAACAGUUCAGAGUCUCCAAAGCUACCAGGGCAUCCAUCAAUACGAGUUCAUUUUCAGCCCAAAGUCUAAAAGCCUCAAUUGAGUCUCCAUACUUUUUUUUAAUAUGGGCCAAAAUAGUCCGAACAGAGUACUAUUUUAACCUCAACUUAAGAGUUUGAGGACUAAUUUGACACUUGUAGGCUCUGGGACUAAGAUUCCCCAUGUAGACAAUCCGGCAACCAUUUUGGCACUUUACUCUUUUUGUCUCUAUGGAAUUGGUUGCAGUCUUAACCUUGCUAAGCUCUUCAGCUGUCGCCAUUCGCAUUGAUGACUGCUAUAUGUCUCCAGCCACAGAUUUCAGUUUUUGAUUCUCAACUCAAGUAGCGGAGAUGCCGGCUUUAUUUUGGCACCACGGGAUUCAUAUUUAUUGUUCCCAGGUUAGAUGGGUCUAAUUGUACCUUUCUCUUUUUAAUUUAGAAAUUGUUUCCUGGUUUCUUCAGUUGCAUCACUAAUGUAGCUGUGUUUCAUGUAUCUUAAAUGUUGUUAUUAUUUUUUUCUAUUAAAAUUUUAGCAGAACU